UUUGAAUUGUUCGAGACAACUUUGUGAGAGAAAAGACACGAACUUUACGAAUAAACGAACGAUUGAAUCUACGCUCCAUCGUAACCACUUCGAUCAUAUUAGAAAGCCUCGAUAUACAAUAGUUUAUGCCCAGGUUCUUUUCAACAUAUACGUAGCGCAUCCAGCGCAUUUUCUCGACCGAAAGGAAAAACCAGCCUAUCUUGCAACUAUGCGCUUCUCUUCAGCCUCGACGUUUAUAUAUCCGACAUUACUCUCCCUCCUCUCCCUCACUUCUACCUCACUUGCCGCCGCCGAUGCCGAUAAGACGACAACUUCAACAGCGUGCACCGCAUCGUCGACGUCGGGCGCCUUCUUCGACUUGCGGCCCGACAUAGCCCUCAAGAAGAAUCCCGAUGGGUCCAAGCCCACGCAUAGUAACGGAGCCCCGCUAGUGGACUACCAUGCCAAGGGCUACGACUACCCCUUCAACUUCACCUUGAACAUCUGCGCAGCCGUGGUAGAGCCUGUUGACGAAGUGAUCGGCGUGGAGCCGAGUCAGUGGAAGAAUGUCAGCGCGUACUAUACCUCCAAGGGCGACGUAUAUAGUCUGGGUCUGCAGUCCGGCGCUCUAAUAUCGAGAGGCAAGGAGCUAGUCCUACAAUACACGGGAGGAUCGCCAUGCGGAAAGAGCGUGAAGAGGGAAGCGCAUCUUGAGAGUAGGAGUUCUUCUUCUGUCCACGAAGGCGCAGCCCAUAAGGGAUCCGAUUUCGAGCGCGAAGAAGAUAUACCGGCGCCUACGAAGACAGCUGUCGCGACUAACACCCGGAAAUCAUCUAAAGAGACGGACGAGCCGAAGCGGAAGAAGUCAACCACCAUAUUUUUCAGUUGUGACAGGGACGCUGGCGCUGGCGCAGCUCAAGUCUCCUUCAUCGCGACAGAUCCGGAAGAAUGCUCAUACGUAUUCAAGGUCAAGUCGCAGCACGCAUGCGCGGGCGUAGAGCCGCACAAGCCGGGAAGCGUGGGGCCUGGCUCCGUGUUCCUGAUCAUUUUCGCCAUCGCCGUCCUAGUCUACUUACUCGGCGGCAUAUUCUACCAGCGCACGGUAGCACACGCCCGAGGCUGGAAACAACUGCCUAACUACUCGCUCUGGGCCAGCGUCUGGAGUUUCAUAUGCGAUUUCGUCGUCAUGGCCACCUCCUCUUGCGCUCGGCUCCUCCCGAAUCGGAGAGGGUACCGCUACGUAUCGGGAUCACCAUCCGGAAGAGGUCGAAGUAACCGCGAGGACGAAAACCGGUUGAUCGACCAAUACGACGAGGAGUGGGAGGAUUGAUGGAUUUCUUUUUUAUAGGUUUAUUAUUAGGUUAUGGUUUUCUUGAUUGGUUUGCAUGUUAUUACUACAUAACUAGACUCUUUACCAACGUGACCUGGUUGUACUACUAGAACUAGACGUUCGGAUAGAAAACACAUGGCAUAUGUUUUAUUCUUAAUUCUUUUUUUUCUUUCUUUUUAAAUAACUACUAUGUAUGCGUGUAGUUAUGAGGGUUUGUAUUAGUUAGCGGUCUAGUGUAAUCAUUAACUGGGAUAAAAGGUCACGAAAGGGAUGAUGGAAAACGUCGGAUUCUUUGGGCAUUACUUGAUUGGGUUGACUGCAGCCGGGCGGCGCAGUUGGAUAUCUUGGGAAGCUGGCAAUUUUUAGCAUAUUUCAAACAAAUGUUUCAAGGUCUC